AUGGCUGCACUCAUGAAUAGACCACCUUCUUCUAAUAAUUUCAAGGAUGGAAAUACCAUUCUCGACAAGUACAUGGCUACUCCCGAUCCAGUCUAUGGAUAUAAACUCGCCUCUCAAACUGAAAAUCCUGCUGCAACAAUUUAUAUUUUGAAUAUGACUAGUUUAGCCUAUUUAACACCAUCAGAAGUUGGAAUUCGUUCCAUAUGGACACAUGCUCUUACUGUUGUUGUUCCAAAGAAUUUAAAUAAGAAUUUGAGAACAGCUUCCCUUUUGAUCAAUGGUGGUGAUAACAUUAGACCAAUUCCUGAUUCAAAUGAUGUCAAUGACCUUGUAUUGGUGGCUAGUGUUACACGUUCUAUUAUUGCUGAUUUGACUCAAAUUCCUAAUCAACCAAUUGUCUUUGCAAGUGAUCCAGCUAAACAAAGUAGAACUGAGGAUGAAAUUACUGCUUUCACUUGGAGACAUUUCUUGAAUAACACAAAGGAUGGUUCAGCAGCCUCUGAUUGGAUUAUUCAAUUACCAAUGGCUAAAUCUGCUAAACUUGCUAUGGAUUCUAUGCAAAGUUUUAUUAAUUCCAUUAUGGGUGUUAAAAGUGGUCAAUUCAUUGAAAACUUUACUGUUUUGGGUGGUUCCAAGAGAGGUUGGACUACUUGGUUGGUUGCUGCCACUGAUAAGAGAGUCAAGACAAUUAUUCCAAUUGUCAUUCAAGUUUUGAACUUUAAACAAAUUUUGGAACAUGUUUAUAAUUCUCUCUGUUCUUGGCCACAAUCUAUGGAGGCUUACACUGAUCAAGGUGUUAUGAAUCUUUUGGAAACUAAGGAAUUUGCUCAAUUGACUCAAAUUAUUGAUCCUCUCGUUUAUAAGGAACGUUAUGCCAAUAUUAAUAAGUUUAUUAUCAAUGGUUUGGGAGAUAUCUUCUUCUGGCCUGAUUUGGCAUUGUACAGUUAUCCACAAUUGCCUGGUAGUGAUGAUCUCAAAAGAAUAAGAUACAUUCCUAAUGUUGGCCACUCUAUGGCUGGAUCUGAUAUUUGGGAAACCAUUUUGACCUUCUCAUUUGCCACUCUCUAUAACAUUACUCUUCCAACCUAUACAUUCUCUCAUAACUAUGCUCCAGAAGGUGCCUAUGUUCAAAUCAGAAUUCUCAAUGGUGUUACUCCAUUCAGAGUAACAUUGUGGGCUUCUACCAAUGAAAAGGCAAGAGAUUUCCGUAUUACUGAAACAGGUAAAAGCUUUGAACCAACCGUUAUCAGAUCCACCACACCUGAUGAUCCAUGGUCUUACAAUGUUUUUGUUCCAAAUCCAGCUAAGGGAUGGACUGCAUUCUCUGUUGAAAUGGAAUUUGGUCUUGCUGGUAAUGAUAAUGGUAUUCCAAUUCCUCUUCCACCAAUCAAGUUUAGUUCUGCUGGUUAUGUCACUCCAACUAGUCUCCCAUGCAAAUAUCCAGGUUCUCAAUAA